UGACUGCUGCACAUCUCGGAAAUACACAUUUCAGCAUGGCUUCGCAGCACCCUGAGCUGUAACAUGGAGCAUUUUCUUUCAGUAGUUUAAGAGACAGGCGAGCAAAUAAGGUAAUUGCUGCGCCCGUUCGGUGAACUUACUCCGGGGAGACAUUUCGCGGUGAGACAGUUUCUACUGUGGCGUUGUGACGUCACCUUGUAGCCCUGAGACGGAGUUCAGCCGAUCCAGCGUGGCUGAGGACUCGUACUGUUAAUAGGUAGUGCAAAGGUGUUUCUAAAAAAUGUCAACGAUGAAGAUGAAGAAAACACACUCUCCUGCUAAAACGCAACAACCCACAUCCACGGCGAAAAUAAAAAAUAAAAACUGGAUAAAAGAAAAGUUUAAAAGGAGAAAACCUCCACCCAAGAGUCAAGAAAAAGCGAAACCCCAGCAGAUAUCACCUCCAGGAGAUGCACAACAGUUCUCUGCCAACUGGAAGGCAUUGCAGGAGAUUUUGAAGGCGUCCCAACCGGAGGAGACGCAGCCUGUGACACCAAAACAGAACGGCGCCCUGCAAAAUAAGCAGGCCAAACAUAAUUUCUCUAAAAGUGUGUCAAAGAACAAUGUCCCUCCCAGGCAGACAGACGCACAGAAAACAGUGAAGCACAAAUCUGUUCCUAACAAUGCUGUCUCCAAGGAUACUGAGGUGACCUCAAAGGUUCCUGCUAUUUCAGAGACAGGACAGUCUGCUGCUCCAAAAAGGAAAAAGGACAGCGGGAAGUCAAACAGUGAGCCAGCAGCCAAGAAGAAGAAAUCUGUGGUGGAAGAGACUAAACCCACAGAAGAGGACCUUUGGUUCGAUGAUGUCGACCCAGACGACAUAGAGGCGACAGUGGGAGCAGAGGCAGCGGAGAUCAUGAGGAGGAAACAGGGAAUUCAGAAGAGCAGGGACACGGAGAGUGCUCUGGUGAAGGAGAAAGCCUUUGAGGGCCUCACCCGAGCUGUGGCCAUCGAUUGUGAGAUGGUGGGAGUCGGCCCUGACGGAGAGGACAGCAUCUUGGCCCGUGUGUCCCUCGUGAACCACUUUGGAAAAUGCAUCUAUGACAAAUUUGUGAAGCCCACAGAGAAGGUGACGGACUACAGGACAGCCGUCAGCGGCAUCAGACCAGAGGACAUCCGAGACGGAGAGGACGUACGGACUGUGCAGAGGGAGGUUGCUGAGAUCUUGCAAGGCAGAAUAGUGGUUGGACAUGCCAUACACAAUGACCUAAAGAUUUUGCUCUUGGAUCAUCCGAAAAAGAAAAUCCGAGACACUCAGAAGUACAAACCUUUUAAGAAGACUGUCAAGAGUGGUCGGCCCUCGCUUAAACUCCUCUGUAGAGAAAUACUCAACGUUAAAGUCCAACAGGGUGAACAUUCAUCAGUUCAGGACGCACAGGCCACCAUGAGGCUCUACACGCUGGCCAAAAAACAGUGGGAGGCUGAAAUUAAAGCGAGUCAGAAAAACAAAAACCCAAACAUGAAGAGCGAGAGGAAGCCAAAGUUUCCCAAGAACAAAAGCAAGAAGCGCGCGGGAUUAUGAGUUCGACAAGACGAUGGACAGUCUCUGGAUCAGAACGGAGGUGACGUGAUCGAGGUGCUUCCGUUUGUCCCCGGAAACAAAAGUGUUGGCAUUCCAGGAUGUUAAAGAUUUUUGGACCAAUUUCAAAGACUUUAUAGCCAGAUUUAUCUGAAAGCUAAAGUGUUAUUUGAACUUUCAGAUGUGUCUGGUCUUCCUCCGGUUCAGAUAGAUUUAAACUCAGCCUGAUUCAGGUCAGGCCAAUCACAACCUUUUCUCUAACGAGGGGCGGGUUUAAGAAGCAUCGAGGCAUUUCUUAAACAACCAACGGCUGCAAUCGCGUUGACAUCAAACUAAGUGAAAAGUAGUUUAAGUUACGUAGGAAUAGUAAGUAUUGGUUACUUUUAAUUUCAUGCAAACAUAUGUCUAUUAUGUUGAACUAGAAGCCAUAUGAAUCGGACCUUGGAAAAAGCUACUUAGCGUAGGCGCCAACCCCUUCAUCACCCAUUUCUGUUACUGUGACUAGUUGUAAUGUCCUGUGGCAUUCAUAACACUGUGUGGGGAUCAGUAAUGACUGAGAGGUUCCUGACUGAUUCUCAUGAGUCUAAAAAGCUUUUUUAAAGAAUGACACAAAUCCUGGCGUGUUCAGGCUGUGACUCACAAACGGACACAAAUGUACGAGAGCAUCCUUUCAGCCGUUUCCCCCUUUGAAUAUGUCCAAAUAUCAACUCCAAAUAUGUAAUUCCCUGCUGUUUGAGGCAGGUGUCCAAAUCCCGAGCCAUCCAGUUUCCUCCACGGAGGGCUCUUCAGAUCUCCAAAUCAGUCGCCCACUAACACUCAGCUGCUUGGUUUCCUUCACUCUGGUCCCAGCUUAGUUAUAUCAACUGUUUGCUCAGAUUUCUGGUCUGGUUCGUGAUCAAACGUUUCCUUGUUGCCUUAAAAGUUGUGUUUUAAAACAGUAUGAAUAAAGCAUGAGAUACUCCGUUCUACUUA